UAGGGAAAGCGAAGAAGAGCAUGCUGCUACACAGCACCCUGGCUUGUGCUUCCAGCUAACAGCGGUUUGUCUGUGUUUCUGGACUGAAGUGACUGAUGAAAAACAGUAGUCAAGUCUGGAGGGUGAUUCCCUUUCAGUUCACUUGCCUUUCAGUCCUGGGGAAAUUAGAAGAUUUGCGCUCUCUCUCUGCUUCUUAGAAUGGGCUGCAAUUUGUGCACUUUUCAGAAAAGAGAGGAACACUACAAACUGCUGUAUGAAGUUUCCCAGGUCAAUGGGAAGGAUCUCUCAAAGGCCACCCAUGAAGAGGCAGUGGAAGCUUUUCGAAAUGCCAAGGAGCCCAUUGUGGUCCAGGUGCUAAGGCGAACACCUCUCAGUAAACCAGCCUAUGGGACAGCCCCAGAAGUGCGGCUCGUGAACGCCAGCACUCAGACGGACAUCACCUUUGAACAUAUCAUGGCCCUGGCCAAACUUAGGCCACCCACUCCUCCAGUGCCCGACAUCUGUCCAUUUCUGCUCUCAGACAGCUGCCAUUCUCUUCAUCCGAUGGAGCGUGAAUUUUAUGAGGACAAUGAGUAUCUUUCCAGCUUGCCUGCUGAUGCAGACAGAACAGAGGACUUUGAAUAUGAGGAGGUCGAGUUGUGUCGUGUUAACAGUCAAGAGAAGCUGGGCCUGACAGUCUGUUACCGAACGGAUGAUGAAGAAGACACCGGCAUUUAUGUCAGCGAGGUAGAUCCAAACAGCAUUGCUGCCAAAGAUGGCCGGAUUCGAGAAGGGGAUCGUAUUUUGCAAAUAAAUGGGGAAGACGUCCAGGAUCGAGAGGCGGCGGUGGCCCUGCUGUCUAGUGAUGAGUGCCGGAGAAUCGUGCUGCUGGUCGCAAGGCCGGAGAGUCAGCUGGAUGAAGGCUGGCUGGAAGAUGAAAGGAAUGAAUAUUUAGAGGAGUUAAACUUGUCGAUGUUGGAAGAACAGCAUAAUGAAGCAAUGCAGCGCACUGCCGGUGAGGUGGAGCAGCCAAAAAAACAAGAAGAAGAAGAAGGCACAACAGACACGGCAACAUCUUCAUCCAACAACCACGAGAAGGACAGUGGAGUGGGGCGCACAGAUGAAAGCUUGCGGAACGAUGAGAGCUCAGAGCAGGAGAAUGCAGCCGAGGAUCCCAAUGGCACAUCUUUGAAGAGCAAGAGAGAGCUGGGGCAGAGCCAAGACACUCUGGGAAGCAUUGAACUUCAGUGUAAUGAGAGCUUCGUGUCUGGUGAAUACAUUGACUCAGACUGUAUUGGCAACCAAGAUGAGGAGUGUGAAAGGUUUCGGCAGCUCUUGGAGCUCAAAUGCAAGAUUCGGAAGCAUGGAGAGUAUGACCUGUAUUACUCAAGCAGCACAAUAGAAUGCAAUCAAGGGGGACGAGAGGGAGUGGAGCACGAACUACAGUUGCUUAAUGAAGAACUAAGAAACAUUGAACUUGAGUGCCAAAAUAUCAUGCAGGCUCACAGGCUCCGGAAAGUGACAGACCAGUAUGGAGAUAUCUGGGCAUUGCACGAUGGAGGAUUCCGAAAUUAUAACACCAGCAUAGAUACACAGAGGGGAAAACUAGAUGACAUCCUCGAACACCCAGAAAAGUCAGACAAAGACAGUUCUAGUGCUUACAACACAGCUGAAAGCUGCAGAAGCACUCCACUCACUGUGGACCGUUCCCCUGACAGUUCCCUUCCAAGAAUGAUCAACCUCACCAAUAAGAAAAACCUGAGAAGCACAAUGGCAGCCAAUCAGUCCUCUUCUGGACAGAGUAGUAAAGAGUCAACCAAAGCCAAAACCACUGAACAAGGUUGCAGCGUUGAAGGCAAAGAGAAGAAGACUUCAGAAAGCAGCAAGCUUUCUGAUCCAGAGAAGACCAGCGGUGAACACAUCCCUUACCUCUCUCCUUACCAUAGCUCCUCCUAUAGAUAUGCAAACAUCCCAGCACAUGCCCGGCAUUAUCAAAGCUACAUGCAGUUAAUUCAACAGAAGUCCGCAGUCGAGUUCGCUCAGAGUCAGCUCAGCUUGGUGAGCGUGUGCAAGGAGUCUCAGAAGUGCUCAGAACCCAAGAUGGAAUGGAAGGUGAAAAUCAGGAGUGACGGGACACGGUACAUCACCAAGAGGCCCGUGAGGGACCGCAUUCUGAAGGAGCGUGCCUUAAAGAUCAAGGAGGAGCGGAGUGGCAUGACGACGGAUGAUGACACCAUGAGUGAGAUGAAAAUGGGGCGCUACUGGAGCAAAGAGGAGAGGAAGCAACACCUGGUGCGGGCCAAAGAGCAGCGGCGCCGCCGAGAGUUCAUGAUGCGGAGCCGGUUGGAGUGUCUCAAGGAGAGUCCCCAGAGUGGCAGCGAGGGCAAGAAGGAGGUCAACAUCAUUGAACUGAGUCACAAAAAGAUGAUGAAGAAGAGAAACAAGAAAAUUUUGGACAACUGGAUGACAAUCCAAGAACUGAUGACCCAUGGGGCCAAGUCCCCUGAUGGCACACGAGUCCCUAAUGCCUUUUUGUCAGUCACCACGGUAUGACCGAAUGGAUGGAAGGCAGCUGACUUUCAGAGGGUGCUACCAGUUUCGGUAGAGGAUGCUUGCCUCGUUCAAUGUGGCGUUUUUAUAUAUAUUUUGU